GCCUUUUUGUAUCUUUUGUAUCGUCCGCAUUCGCAAACUUUCUAUCUUGCAGUGUAUCUCUUCUUCACAACCACAUCCCAUCAUUUGAUUGCAUUGAAGAUCACACCGUCAAGAUGCCGAAGUUCUUCUGCGACUACUGCGACGUCUACCUGACGCACGACAGCAUGAGCGUGCGCAAGGCGCACAACAGCGGCCGAAACCACCUCCGCAACGUCGUCGACUACUACCAGCAGAUCGGCCACGAGAAGGCCCAGUCCGUCAUCGACUCCAUCACCUCCUCCUACGCCGCCGAGGGCCAGGCCCACGCCAACCCCAUGCUGCCCCAGAACCAACCCGGCGGCGCGGCCGCGGCAGCAGCUGCAGCGGCGGCAGGUGGUUUCCCGGGAAUGCCGCCGCCUCCCUUCAACUUCCCCGGCGGAAUGCCUCCUCCGUUCCCCGGUCUACCAGGCGGCAUGCCUCCACCGCCCGGCGGCGCGUUUCCAGCAGGAAUGCCUCAACAGCGCCACCAGGCCAAGCAGGCCGCGGCCUCCCACCCCCGCCCUUCCCAGGCCCAAGCGGCCUACCCAUCCCACCCCCCGGCUCGGGGCUGCCGUUCCCUCCCCCACCAGGCGGUCUGCCGUUCCCGCCCCCCGGCGCGGGCGGCGCAAACGCGCCUCCCUUCCCGUUCCCCGGCAUGCCGCCGCCUGGACAGGGUUUCCCUGGUGGUCCUACGCCGCCUGGAGGCGUGGGGUUCCCGCCUCCGUCUGGACCGCCUGGGCGCUAGAGUCGCUAGGGUCGUGCUGGUAGUAGUAACGGCCGUGGCGGUAUGAUGAUAGGGGGAGAGGGGAUGCGGGAUGGCCUGCCCAGGAUGUAGCUUUUCUAUUCUACCACUCGACCAUUGAAUUUGGUGAAGUGCUCGGAUGGAAGGUUAU